GCGCGGCGCGCGCUGCGCUCCUUCCCGCGAAGCCCAUUGGCCGAGCCGAGGCACUGACGUCAGAGAGCAGGCGGCUCAGGGCGGGGCUGGCGCGGGUGAGUCACGCCGCUCCGCUGGCGGUCUGCAGGCCGGGGCUUCAGUGACCCAGGCUUAGACCACGGCGGUCCUGCAGCGGCCGGAACCCCCAGCCCCUGCUGCUGCUGCAGUGGACGCCCCUAGCCGGGGACCGCAGCCUCGGCCCAGCCCCUACUCCAGCCGUAGCCUCAGGACCCCAGGACUGCAGGUACCACAAUGCAGGGGGUAGGAGGCCCCCUGCCCUGGCUAGCACCAGGGAAUGGGAGCGGUGCAGAGUCCCCCCGAGACACCGGCCCGGCCUCCUCACUGCCCCUCCCCACUGCUUGGGACGUGGUGCUGUGCAUCUCUGGGACCCUGGUGUUCUGCGAGAACGCGGUGGUGGUGGCCAUCAUCGUGGGGACACCGGCCUUCCGGGCCCCCAUGUUCCUGCUUAUUGGUAGCCUGGCCUCUGCAGACCUGCUAGCCGGCCUGGGCCUCAUUCUUCACUUUGCCUCCAGAUAUUGCAUUGGUUCCUCCAUCCUGAGCCUGGUCCUGGUGGGAGUCCUGGUCACCGCCUUCACGGCCAGCAUCUACAGCCUGUUGGCCAUCACCGUGGAUCGCUACCUGUCCCUCUACAAUGCACUCACUUACUACUCUGAGACCACAGUGACGAGGACAUAUGCCAUGCUGGUGCUGGUGUGGGGGGGCGCCCUGGGCCUGGGCCUCCUUCCUGUGCUGGCCUGGAACUGCGUGGACGAGCCAGCCUCCUGUGGGGUCGUGAGUCCGCUGACCAAGAACCACCUGGUGGUCCUGGCCGUGGUCUUCUUCAUGGUGUUCGGCGUGAUGUUACAGCUGUAUGCCCAGAUCUGCCGGAUCGUCUGCCGCCAUGCCCAGCAGAUUGCCCUCCAGCGGCACCUGCUGCCCGCCUCCCACUACGUGGCCACCCGCAAAGGCAUUGCCACCCUGGCGGUGGUCCUGGGGGCCUUUGCUGCCUGCUGGCUUCCUUUUGCUGUCUACUGCCUGUUGGGUGACUCCCACUCACCCCUGCUCUACACCUAUCUCACCUUGCUCCCCGCCACCUCCAACUCCCUCAUCAACCCUGUCAUCUAUGCCUUCCGAAAUCACGACAUCCAGAAAGUCUUGUGGGCUGUCUGCUGCUGCUGCUCCUCCUCCAAGUCCCCCUUCCGCUCCCGCUCCCCUAGUGACGUCUAGUUUGGGUACCUUCCUCCUGCCCUCCUCUCCCCAGGUUUCUGCUCCCCCUUCUGUUCUGUACCUUCAGAGUGGUGUGUCUUUAGCAAUUCUCUUCUGGCCUCAGUUUCUCCCGCACCCCUCCCCCUCCAACCCUUGGCACAGAAUUCUGGAGCUUUCCAAGGCUUUGUCUGGUGGGGAAGGGGGUCCUUCUAUUCUGGUCCCAGACCUUCUGGCUUCAGCCAAUGGAGCUUUGGAAAUGCUGUGUCUGGAAAAGUCUAGUAUUCCCCCCACGUUCUUUCCUGUUUCUUAGGUAGAAAGCCAGUGAGACCCUAUGUCAUUGGACCAGAGAGAGAGAGGGGGAGAGAGAGAGAGAGAGAGAGAGAGAGAGAGAGAGAGAGAGAGAGAGAGAGAGAGAGAGAGAGAGAGAGAGAGAGAGAUGUAUAUACACAUACAAAAAACCUUAUUUAUUUAUUUAUUUGGGUGCUUAUUUAUUUAUUUAUUUGUCUAUUUGAGUUAGUGGGUCUAUUUAUUGGGGGGAGGGGAGGGAGGGAAGGGAACCUUGACCUUGCAAACCAAUCCUUGUUACCCACAUACCUUUGUUUUUUUGUGGGGAGAGAGGAGGGAGAGAGAAAACACUUAUUUUGUUAAUUUUGAUUUUUUAAAAACAAAGCGAUCAGAGACACCAGAGCCCCUGGCCUCUAUCCUUCACCCCGCCACCGCAGCCCAUCUCUCACCCUCCACCCCUGGGGGUCUUCCAAGGAGGUGGGGGAAACACACCAGCUUCCAGGGGUUUAUUUUUUUAAGUCAUCUUCCUGAGGAAUGGAGAAUUCUGGCCAAGUGCUCAGGCUCCAGCCUUCUUUGGGGCCAUGCUGUCCUCUGGUGGCUUCCAGUGGGAACUGCAGCCUGCAGUGCCACGGCUUGACGUGGGCGUCUUCUUCCCUCUCCCUCUUCUCUGCCUCCUUCUCCCAAGAUUUCCUCUCCCACGUCCAUACUGGAAGCUGGACAGCUCCCCUCUAGAGGCUCAAAGCCGUGGCCUGGUGGGGGCGGGUCACUCUUCCCCUGGCCUCGGGGAGGGAGGCAUGGGAUCCCCACUCCUUGGCCCUCCGCCAAACCUUGGGUAGGGUCCCCCCUUCCCAGUGCCUCCCACCCAACUCCACCCGCUUCUCCCAUGCCUUUCUCUGACCCAGAUUUGAAAUAAAAAACAAGUUUGUGAUAAAAAA